AGGCCGCCUCUUCUCCAGAGCUGGCAGAGCUUUAGGGGCUGUUCCCAGAGAGCCCCAGGCUACCCCCAGUGAUAUCCCAGGGCCAAGGGUUAACUGUGCCGAGGUCAAGGACGGGUCUCAGGCCUGCCUACCCCACCGCCACCGCCUUCGAUUCGGUGAGCGCCUGGGGGGUGGGGGUGGGGGUGGGGUUAGGAUGCUAGAGCUGAGAGGGACCUUCGAGGUCUCCUAGCCCAACCCCGUCCUUGUAGGAAAGUAAGAAGCUGAGAGGUUCCAUUUAUAAGCGGCAGUUGUAGAAAUUUGAACUCGUUUUUAGACUCCCAAGUCCUGAGAUCGUCCCAUUACACCGAGCCACACGGAAGAAAACGCAGCCCUGGGACCUCUGUCACCCCUGGGUGACUCGCCUCCAGGCAGGGUUUGCAUGCUCAGGAGGCCGGGUGCACUAGGCUCGUCCACAGAGGCAGCCUUUUUAUGUGGGGCGGAGAGUUGUGGGGCUUGACCGAGGAAAAAACAGGCAAGGUGGGGGCGGGGUGAGGAGGUGUAUGUGUAGCUCCUACUAGCUAAAAACCCGAGUCCUUGCUUCCCCCAUCCUCAGGGAGCCAGGAGGUGCUGGGGACUACGCCCUCCCUCCUUCGCCCCCCCUUACUCCCCCACCCCACCCAGCGCAGGCUCUGUCCAAAGCAGACCCGGAGUCUGUCCCUCCCCUCAACUCCCACCCCUGCCGCCAGCCAGGGCAGAGAGCAGCCCCAGGCCCCACGCGCUCCACCCCGCUCCCAGCUCAGCCCGGUCUCCCCCCGCCCUCCCUUUUCCCCCAGUCACGUGACCAUCCCGGCUACAUCUCGGACUGGCAAGAGAGUCGGACUCUGGGGCCGUCUGGUGUUGGGGGGCGGUGACAGUAGCGAGCGCGGCGCGCGCGCGCGGCCCGAACUAACAGGAUGGAACGCGCCCGGGAGGGCUCUCAACGCUCCUGCCCCCCUUCUCCUCCUCCUCCUCCCCGCGCCUAGAACCAAGGAGUUGGGGAAGCUCCCCCCAGGGGAGAAGGGAGGGAGGAGAAAGUGCGUGAUUCCGGGACCACCCCCUCCACCCUAGGGACAGGGGCGGGGCACUGCCCCAAGCCCAGUGCAUGCGGCCGGUUGGGGCAUCCUAGAGGAGUCUCGGUGUCCGGCCCUCGCGCCGUGAGUGACCCUGCCGCGCGCGUGCGGGAGGGAGGAGGAGGAAGAGAAGGAAGCAGCAGCAGCAGCAGCAGCAGCCGCCGCCGCCGCCGCCGCAUCAGAACGCGGAUCCCGGCGCGGAAGGAGCCGAGAGAUGGCCAGCGACGCGCUUCAGAGUGAGCCUGGGACUUGGUCAGUGCUGGAGCAGCUAGGCCUGGCAGGAGCAGAUCUGGCAGCCCCAGGGGUCCAGCAGCGGCUGGAACUGGAAGUGGAGCGGCUCCGUCGGGAGAUCCGAAAGGAGCUGAAACUGAAAGAGGGGGCAGAAAAUCUUCGGCGGGCAACCACUGACCUAGGCCGAAGCCUGGGACCAGUAGAGCUGCUGCUAAGGGGUUCUACCCGACGCCUGGACCUGCUGCACAGCCAACUGCAAGAGCUCCAUGGCCUUGUGGUGUUACAUGAGCCCCGCCAAGCCCAGCCCCAGCUCGGCCAGGCUCAAGAUGGCCCCCAGUCCCCCAACUGCCCGGCCACCAGUCUGAGCCUGGUGGCCGGCUUGGAGAAGCAGCUGACCAUCGAGCUCAAGGUCAAGCAAGGGGCAGAAAACAUGAUCCACACUUACAGCAAUGGCAACACCAAGGACAGGAAGCUUCUGCUCACAGCCCAGCAGAUGCUGCAGGACAGUAAGACCAAAAUCGACAUCAUCCGCAUGCAGAUUCGAAAGGCCUUACAGGCUGGACAGCUGGAGAAUCAGGGCCCGGAGGAGUCACAUGGGGGCCCGGACCUGGGGGCGGUGGAGCUGCGCAUCGAGGAGUUAAGGCACCAUUUCCGAGUGGAGCACGCGGUGGCCGAGGGUGCGAAGAACGUGUUGCGCCUGCUCAGUGCUGCCAAAGCCCCGGACCGCAAGGCUGUGUCCGAGGCCCAGGCCAAGCUGACAGAGUCCAGUCAGAAGCUGGCGCUGCUUCGGGCAGCCUUGGAACUGCGCCUUGGGGAGCUGCCAGCGGAGCACCCCAAAGGGAGACUGCUGCUGGAGGAACUGGCGAUGGCUUCAUCUUCGACCUUCAGCACUCGCAUUGGCCCCUUCCCUGCCACGCACUACAGCACACUCUGCAAACCCUCACCGCUUACAGGGACACUGUCAGUUCGUGUGCUAGGCUGCAGUGGCCUUCCUGAGACUGUCCCUUGGAGUUCUCCCCCAACUUCAGGGAGCUCGGGCACCUCUGAAAGCCGGCCCUUCCUGGGCCGCCCAGCCAGAGGCCUCUAUAGCAGAAGUGGCAGCCUCAGUGGCAGGGGCAGCAUCAAGACGGAGGAGCCAACCAACGAAGUCAGUGCUGUGCUCAAGGUAGACAACACAGUGGUGGGCCAGACACCAUGGAAGCCGUGUGGCCCUAAUGCCUGGGACCAGAGCUUCACUCUGGAGCUGGAAAGGGCCCGAGAGCUCGAACUCUCUAUAUUCUGGAGGGACCAUCGUGGCCUGUGUGCCCUUAAGUUCUUGAAACUUGAGGAUUUUUUGGACAACCAGAGACAUCAGGUGCAAUUAGAGUUGGAGCCUCAAGGUUGUCUUCUGGCAGAGGUCAUCUUCCACAACCCAGUUAUUGAGCGGAUCCCAAGACUCCAGAGGCAAAAAAAGGUGUUUUCCAAGCAGCAGGGGAAAGCUUUUCUUCGGGCCCGGCAAAUGAACAUUGACAUUGCCACAUGGGUGCGACUCCUUAGGCGGCUUCUUCCCAGCCCCAAUUCUACAGGCACUUUCAGCCCAGGGGCCACCACUGCUGAAGGCCGAACCUCAGGGGACAUUCCAAUUGAGAAGCUGAACCUGGACUCAGAUAGCUCCACCCAGAAAAGUCCUCUGGAUCUCCUCUCCAGCCCUUCCAGCCUUUCCAGCCCCUCCUCCCUGAGUCCCAGAAGCCAGGACACCCCACAGCCCUCGGAAUCCACGCCAGAAGACAGAGAGACCCCUGGACCCACCCCAAGCAGCCCCCUGAGGACGUCCCCCCUGAGCCUGAACGACUUCAAAUUCCUGGCGGUUCUGGGCCGAGGCCACUUUGGGAAGGUACUCCUGUCCGAGUAUCUGCCCAGCGGGGAGCUCUUUGCGGUCAAAGCCCUAAAGAAGGGGGACAUAGUGGCCCGGGACGAGGUGGAGAGCCUGAUGUGUGAGAAGCGGAUCCUGGCCGCGGUGACGGGCGCCGGCCAUCCCUUCUUGGUCAACCUGUUCGGCUGCUUCCAGACCCCCGAGCACGUGUGCUUCGUCAUGGAGUACGCGGCGGGCGGGGACCUGAUGCUGCACAUCCACAGCGACGUCUUCACAGAACCCCGGGCGGUGUUCUACUCGGCUUGCGUGGUGCUGGGCCUGCAGUUUCUACACGACCACAAGAUUGUGUACAGGGACCUGAAGUUAGACAACUUGUUGCUGGACACGGAGGGCUACGUGAAGAUCGCAGACUUUGGGCUCUGCAAGGAGGGGAUGGGCUUUGGUGACAGAACCAGCACGUUCUGCGGGACCCCGGAGUUCCUGGCUCCCGAAGUGCUCACAGACACGUCUUACACCCGGGCGGUGGACUGGUGGGGGCUGGGCGUGCUGCUCUAUGAAAUGCUGGUUGGGGAGUCCCCAUUUCCCGGAGAUGACGAAGAGGAGGUGUUCGACAGCAUUGUCAAUGACGAGGUCCGAUACCCCCGCUUCCUCUCCACAGAAGCCAUUGGCAUCAUGCGCAGGCUACUUCGACGGAACCCUGAGAGACGUCUGGGCUCAGGGGAGAGGGAUGCUGAGGAUGUCAAGAAACAGCCAUUCUUCCGGACCCUAGGCUGGGAAGCGCUACUCGCCCGCCAGCUGCCACCACCCUUCAUUCCUGUGAUCAAGGGCCGGACAGACAUCAGUAACUUCGAUGAGGAGUUCACUGGAGAGGCCCCAGCUCUGACACCACCCCGGGAAGCGCGUCCCCUCUCAGCUGCUGAGCAAGAAGCAUUCAGGGACUUUGAUUAUGUCUCUAAAGGCUGCUAGCACUGCCUUUCCCCAACGGACAAUGAAUGGACUAAAUCCUUCUAUCCAUCCCAUUCUCUGCAGUUUGUAGUUUUUAAAAGGCCUUUGGGGUUUGCCCCAUCAGAAUA